CCACUCCGCCAACCUGUCUAUUUACCACCUUCUACUCUCCUACAUCGAUCCCAUUUAUUCCCGGUGAUAUUAAAUACUCAAAUUUAAUAGAGACCUCCACGUGCGAUCACCACCAUGGACUUCGCCGCCUUAAUGGCCAAGGAAAUCUCCAAGGCCAAACCCCCCUCGGAGAAGAAAGAGUCCUCCGCCGCCACCAACGCCCCAGAGAAGAAAUACAUGCGUCGCGCAGACGUCGAAGCCGCGCGGAUCGCCGCCUACAACGAAGAACAAGAGCGACUGCAGCGCGAGCGCGAGGAGCGACAGACGCAGAAGCGCAAACUCGAAGACGAAGAAGCGGAGCGGCGCCACGAGCGGGAGGAGAAAAAGCGCCGACUCGCAGAGGAGUCCCGCAAGAGACGAGAAGAAGAAGAGGCCGAGCAGGAACGACAGCGUCGGAAGCGACUGGGUCUGCCGGAGUUGCCGGCCGCCGGGGACAAGGACAGCGAUGCCCUGGGCGACCAGGAAGAGGAUAUCCCUGACGAGGAGCUGGUGGGGAAGUUGCGCGAGCUCGGGGAGCCGGUGACUUUGUUUGGCGAGACGCAUCGCGGUCGACUACGUCGGUAUCGCCGCGUCAUGCAGCGGGCGCUGGCGCCGCAGCCGAAAUUGUCGGACGGGCCGAUCCCCACGACGUUGGAGUUGGUGCCGGAGGUGGAGAUGAAGAUCUCGACGACCCUGCCGAAGGAUGUCGAGGGGCGGAAGUACCUGUUUCGGCAGCUGGCGUCGUAUUUCAACAUGGUGCUGAAGGAGUGGGAGCUUGCGUUGGCGAAGCGGGAUGCGACGGUGAAGCAAAGCCUCCAGGGACGACAGGCCUACAACGCGAUGGUGCAGUCCCGGGAUAAUUUGAAACCGCUGUUCCGGAAGUUCGAGAAGGUUGAUCUGGAUGAUGGUGUGCUUGAGCACAUUGUGGAGAUCGCCCACAAGGCUCAGCAGCGGCGGUAUGUCGAUGCGAACGACGCCUAUCUGCGACUGAGUAUUGGAAAAGCUGCCUGGCCCAUUGGUGUAACCAUGGUUGGUAUCCACGAACGUUCGGCUCGGGAGAAACUGCAUCAGAGUGAUCAGCAGGCGCAUAUUCUGAGCGACGAGAGCACUCGAAAGUACCUGCAGAGCAUCAAGCGGUGCUUGAGCUUUGCGCAAACUCGCUGGCCUCCUGAUGAUCAGCUGCAGAUCAUGGGCUAAUUGCAGACUCGAUUUGAUUUGGUCAGAUAGAAAUAGGCUGUAUAGUAACGAUGAUGAGAUUUAU